AAACUGCGUUUUUGAAAAUGUCUAUUGUAUCUGUCGCUUGUUGUGUGUUCGACGUCGAAAUCGAAUCCCAGACUAGACUCCGAGCAAGAGAGGUGAAGAGGAACAGCGAUGGCACUGACGGUGGCGAAGAGUGCGUUGGAGACGAUUAGAGAGAAAGGUCUGGGCGGUUUCCUCAGGAUGAUCCGUGAAGAAGGCUUCCUGAGAUGCCUACCAGAUGGGAACCUCUUGCAAACUAAAAUACACAACAUUGGAGCAACUCUUGUUGGUGUGGACAAGUUCGGUAACAAAUACUACCAGAAGCUCGGUGAUACUCAAUACGGUAGACACAGAUGGGUAGAGUACGCAUCCAAGGAUCGUUACAACGCAUCUCAAGUACCAGCGGAAUGGCACGGAUGGCUUCAUUUCAUCACUGAUCACACUGGAGAUGAGCUGUUGAGUCAGAAACCGAAGAGGUAUGGGAUUGAGCAUAGAGAGAACUUCUCAGGAGAAGGUGAUGCAUACAUUUACCAUUCUAAAGGACAUACCUUGAACCCGGGGCAAAAGAACUGGACUCGUUACCAACCUUGGGUCCCCACCAAGACCAAGUAAGAACGUGAGAGCUCUGGUUGAUGCGCUCUGAAAAUCUCUCUGAGUGAUUUGUUGUCCUGUUUCUGUCUCUUGAAUAGAUUUGUUGUUCUGUUUCUGUCUCUUGAAUAAAAGCAAACUUUUUUGGAUCUAAAGCUGAACAAUUGGUAUUUAUGUGAAUUGUAUAAUUGUUGUUA